AGUGCAUAACGGAACGCACCCAUAGACUAGUUCCGUUAUGGUGCGUGGCCACGUUGUCUUUUUAGGUGAUCAAAAAUAAUUGUCUUAUGAGGUAAAUAGACAAAAAAUAAUAUUACAAGCGUCAUAACAAGAUAUACAUACAUAGGAAAAAAAGGAGAAGGCAAUAGAGAAUUCGCGCCUUGACAAAAGAUCAUCGAGUAAGUUCGCUGGAAUAAAUAAAUGAGCGUAGCGCAAUUUUUCCUCAUAAUACGGAGCGGAUAGAGUAAAACUUUUCCAUCGCACACGUUCAUUGCUGUCGUCGUCGUCUUUGCAAGUCCCGUUCAUUGUACAGUUAUCGCUCCAUUACAUGCAGUUUGUGCAUGUGUAAUUUAUACUGCACUGGUGUAGUUAGCGCCUACAAUCGUCGAUUCCGCACGGCGCCGAGACAGUCAAGAUAGUGCGAGCGGAGCGGAAGGGAAGCUUCGGGUCGAAGACGGUCCUGACCUGGUUGACUUGCGCGGUUCCCGGCGUUCGCCCGAAAAUUCGAUGACAAAAAGGUUCUUUACUAUAAGAAAGUAAUUCAGGAGAAACUAUUCAACUCUGAAUGAGCCCGCAAGUAAUGAGUCCGCAAAGCCAUAAAAAUAAUUUAACUCCAAAGAACAUGGAGUCUAAUGGAUAUUCUACCGGCAAGAUUAUGGAUGAAAAAGCGACGAAUCAUUCAUCUCCUUGUGAGUCAGUGGACUCGAUGCCUUGGUUUGGAAUGGAUAUAGGCGGAACUUUGUGUAAAUUAGUGUACUUUGAGCCAAAGGAUAUAACUAGAGACGAGGCAGAUGCAGAAGUUGAGACGUUAAAAAAUAUUCGUCGAUAUCUUACUAAAAAUUCAGCGUAUGGAAAAACUGGUCAUCGAGAUACUCAUUUACAAAUGAAUAAUGUUCGUAUUAGAGGCAGACAAGGGACGUUACAUUUUAUUAGAUUUCCUACGAGUGAAAUGGGCAAUUUUUUAGCAUUAGCAAAAUCAAAAGGCAUGGCGAAUCUUGUGACUACUGUUUGCGCCACGGGUGGUGGUGCCUUUAAAUUCGAAGAUAAUUUUAAAAAGGAAGUAAACAUGAAUUUGGCAAAAUUCGAUGAAUUAGAUAGUUUAAUACGUGGAAUGCUUUACAUAGAAACCACGAAUCCGCAUGAAUGCUAUUAUUGGUCGAAUCCCACUGAUGAUAGCAAAUGUCAGAAAGUACCAUAUGACUUUUCUGAACCAUAUCCUUUCUUGCUUGUUAACAUAGGCUCUGGAGUAAGUAUACUAGCUGUCUAUGGACCAGAAAAUUAUAAAAGAAUAUCUGGAACAAGUUUAGGAGGCGGAACAUUUUUGGGAUUAUGUUGUUUGCUUACUGGUUGUAACACCUUCGAAGAAGCAAUAGAAUUAGCAACGGGCGGUGAUAACACAAGGGUAGAUAAAUUGGUUAAAGAUAUAUACGGCGGCGAUUAUGGUCCUUUUGGGCUUCCUGGAGAUCUAGUUGCGAGCAGUUUCGGACAAAUGAAUUCCAAAGACCGCCGAAAUACCGUCACAAAAGAAGAUCUAGCGCGUGCAACACUUGUUACUAUCACAAAUAACAUCGGUUCCAUUGCGCGUAUGUGCGCUGUUAAUGAAAAAAUGAGAGGGUUGUAUUUGUUGGGAAUUUUCUCAGGGUAAAUCCCAUAUCGAUGAAAUUAUUGGCCUAUGCUAUGGAUUAUUGGUCUAAAGGAACUUUAAAAGCCCUGUUUUUAGAACAUGAAGGUUACUUCGGUGCUGUGGGAUGUCUAUUACAAUUUAAUGGUGAAUCGAGCUAAACACAAUGAAGAAUGUUGAGCAACUGUUACAUGAUAUACAUCCAUUCCAUACGACCAACUUAGCAGAAUCUUUCGAGAGAGCAAGAUUGUUCAACAUAACUAUUUAUUUUUAUUAUAUUUCUUAUUUAAUUGCUCGUAUGAGUAUAUGCAUAUGUGAAGCAAUCGUUUAUUAUUAUGAGAUGAAAGGAUCUCUCUAUAUUUCAAAAAUAAUUAUUUGUACAUUUUGUCAUAUAUAUAAUUGUACAUAUAUAUAAUUUUUAUCACAAUUUGUUCUGUAAGGAGAAUUGUGUUAAAGAAUAUUUUUCUUUUUUUUUUUGUUAGAGGAUAACUAUUUCGAUAUAAUUGUUCGAUUAUGAACAUAAAUCUAGCACGACUCGGCAGACAGGAUCGAUAAUGGACCAAAUCCAAAGGGAAUUAAGGCUUGCCUUUUCUCCCGAUGUUCGUUACAUGCCGUACAUAGACUAGUUCUACCUCAUCAUUUAUAUUGUGAAAUUUUUCUACAAAUGCACAGAUUUUUUAUGUAUAUAAUGGCAAUCGUUAUUACAUUUGCGUGCACAUACAUUUUCAUAAGUAUAAUGAAGCUAUGAUGCUAAAAUAUUUAUGUAUUUAAUUGUUGAUAUGUAUUUAUAAUUUUAUUGUUAAUGCGUUACGGAUCUCUACAGAAUAGAUUUCUUGAUACGCUUUUAAUUUAA